GCAGCAUCUCACCUACCCUCCUUGACAUCUCCUCCCCGUGGUUCCAGCCAGACCCUAGAAGUCAGACUUGCAGACCAACAGGAGGACUUCCAGCUUUUCCUUUCCAAGAGGUCCCCAGUCCCCGGCUGCCCUCUUCCAGCCCCUACGGCCAGCUCAAGGAGGCACCAACGCUCUGAGGCUGCCGCACGGUGCAGCGUCGAGCAUCCCUGCCGAGGUCCUUUCUGCCCUCUGUCCCGCCUCACCCCGCUCCAUCACACCAGCCGGCCCUCUUUGCCUCCCCUUCCCAGAAUCGUUAUGCGCUCGGAUCCCACCAGUGCCUGGUACCAACCUCGCCCCACCCCGUCUCCGUACCUUCCCACGCCCCGGUGUCCCCCGCUGCCAUGAGCUCCCCCAUUAGCAAGAGCCGCUCGCUCGCCUCCUUCCUGCAGCAGCAGCGAAGUCCGAGGCAGCCCCCGAGACCCGUGACCUCUGCGGUGUGCACACCCCCUCAGCCACGAGAGGUGCCGGUCUGCCCGCUGGCAGCUGGUGGCGAGACUCAGAACGCGGCCGCCUUGCCGGGCCCCACCAACUGGCCACUGCUGGGCAGUCUGCUGCAGAUUCUCUGGAAAGGGGGACUCAAGAAACAGCACAACACCCUGGCGGAGUACCACAAGAAGUAUGGCAAGAUUUUCCGCAUGAAGCUGGGUUCCUUUGAGUCGGUGCACCUGGGCUCGCCGUGCCUGCUGGAAGCGCUGUACCGCACCGAGAGCGCGCACCCGCAGCGGCUGGAGAUCAAACCAUGGAAGGCCUAUCGCGACUACCGCAAAGAAGGCUACGGGCUGCUGAUCCUGGAGGGUGAAGACUGGCAGCGGGUCCGGAGCGCCUUUCAAAAGAAACUAAUGAAACCAGUGGAAGUGAUGAAGCUGGACAACAAAAUCAAUGAGGUCUUGGCUGAUUUUAUGGGCAGAAUAGAUGAGCUCUGUGAUGAAAACGGCCGCAUUGAAGACUUGUACAGUGAACUGAACAAAUGGUCACUUGAAAGUAUCUGCCUCGUGUUGUAUGAGAAGAGAUUUGGGCUUCUCCAGAAGAAUACGGGGGCUGAAGCUGUGAACUUCAUCAUGGCCAUCAAAACAAUGAUGAGCACGUUUGGGAGAAUGAUGGUCACUCCAGUCGAGCUGCACAAGAGCCUCAACACCAAGGUCUGGCAGGACCACACACUGGCCUGGGACACCAUUUUCAAAUCAGUCAAAUCUUGUAUUGACAACCGAUUGGACAAGUAUUCUCAGCAGCCUGGUGCAGAUCUCCUUUGUGACAUUUAUCACCAGAAUCAGCUUUCAAAGAAAGAAUUGUAUGCUGCUGUCACAGAGCUCCAGCUGGCUGCGGUGGAAACGACAGCAAACAGCCUAAUGUGGAUUCUCUACAAUUUAUCCCGUAAUCCCCAAGUGCAACAAAAGCUUCUUAAAGAAAUUCAAAGAGUAUUACCUGAGAAUCAGGUGCCACGGGCAGAAGCUCUGAGGAAUAUGCCAUAUUUAAAAGCCUGCCUGAAAGAAUCUAUGAGGCUUACCCCGAGUGUACCAUUUACAACUCGGACUCUUGACAAGGCAACAGUUCUGGGUGAAUAUACUUUACCCAAAGGAACAGUGCUGAUGCUGAAUACCCAGGUGUUGGGAUCCAGCGAAGACAAUUUUGAAGAUUCCAGUCAGUUUAGACCCGAACGUUGGCUUCAGGAGAAGGAAAAAAUCAAUCCUUUCGCUCAUCUUCCAUUUGGCAUUGGAAAAAGAAUGUGCAUUGGUCGCCGAUUAGCUGAGCUUCAACUGCACCUGGCUCUUUGUUGGAUUGUCCGCAAAUAUGACAUCCUGGCCACAGACAACGAGCCUGUUGAGAUGCUGCACUUAGGCACACUGGUGCCCAGCCGGGAGCUCCCCAUUGCGUUCUGCCAGCGAUAAGAUGCCCCAGAUGGUGGUAUUUGCUAAGAUCACAUCCAACUCAGGGAAGCGGACUGAAUGCUGAGAUCCAAGGCAUUCUACAGGGUUCACUGCUGGUUUACCCUUCACCUGCAUCAGCAGCAUCUUCAGGUGCUUACAAUGACCUGGGAGGCUGUUCUCUCUUGCAUCUUCCGUGACAUGAAAGGGAGGCUAGCACCUGUCAGUCACGUAGAGGUUACUAAUCGUUUCAGCCCCUGCCUACCACAUUCACUGCUGGAAUCUUUAAUUCCCAAGAAUAAGUUUACAUUUGACAAUAAAAGAUGUACAACAGCUAAAUUUUCUGGGGCUGGGAGUAACACUGACAAUCCAUUUACUGUAGCUCUGUUUAAUGUACUACUUAGGGAAAUACCUGCUUGAUAGUGUAAGCCAAGCUAAAUGAUGGUUAAAGUUACCAGGCCUCCCAUGAAAUUGCGUUCUUCCUGCAUUGCAAUAAAAACGUUAUUUGGAAAUUAGAGAACACCUCUAUUUUUAAAAGGACUUUAAUGAAGUCAAACAUCUUCUAAGACUAGUGACUUACUAUGGCAUUAUUUUGUUAAAAGACCUUAAAAUUCUUUAUUUCUCUUUUUUUUUUUUUUUUUUUUGAGAUGGAGUUUCACUCUUGUUACCCAGGCUGGAGUGCAUGGGUCUCGGCUCACCGCAACCUCCACCUCCUGGGUUCAGGCAAUUCUCCUGCCUCAGCCUCCUGAGUAGCUGGGAUUAUAGGCACGCGCCACCAUGCCCAGCUAAUUUUUUGUAUUUUUAGUAGAGACGGGGUUUCACCAUGUUGACCAGGAUGGUCUCGAUCUCUUGACCUCGUGAUCCACCCACCUCGGCCUCCCAAAGUGCUGGGAUUACAGGCUUGAGCCACCACGCCCAGCCAAAAUUCUUUAUUUCUUAAUGUAAUUCCUUUAUGGCAUUGAGGUAUGGAUGAAGCAAUAGUUUUUAAAUUGAGUUUGUGCAUAUGAAGCACAGACAUGCCUGUGUGUGUGUGUAUGUGUGUGUGUUUCUGGGUGGGUCUGUGUGUAUGUGUGUUCUACUAGCAAUUUGCCUCAGUCAUUUUUUUAAAUAUUUGCAGUACUUGAUUUAGAAUCUGUGGUGCAGGGCAAUGUUUCAAAGUUUAGUUACAGCUUAAAAAUAUUCAGUGGAAUUUUAACAUUAUAAAAUGAGUUCCCAUGCCUUAAUUUUUCUGUCUAUUCAAUGGGACAAUUGUAAAGCAUGCAAAAGCUAGAGAUUUGUUAUAUAACAUUUGUUUUGUGAUUUGAACUCUUAGGAAAAAUAUGAUUCAUAAAUGUAAAAUGCAUAAAAAUGCAUGCAAUAUUUAUAACUUAAAAAUUGGGUUUACAGAUGGUUUAUUUGUGCAUAUUUUUAGUACUGCUUUUCCUAAAUGUAUACUGUAUAUAAUUCUGUAUAUUUGAUAAAGAUUUCCCUUCCUAGGUUAUAUUUUUAGACUAUUUCAGAAAUAUACAUUUAUGUCUUUAUAUUUUAAUAAAUAUGUACAUAUCUAGGUAUAUGCUUUCUCUCUGCUGUGAAAUUUUUAGAAUUAUAGAUUUACAUGUCUUGUCAGAUUUCAUCUGUAUACCUUCAAAUUAUCUAAAAGAAUAAAAGUUUUUAAAAUAUU